AUGCUUCAUCACACCGGAUUAAUCCUGUCCUUCCUGGCCGGGCUCGCCUGCGCCGGCCAGGCCCCCAGCCGCGAAGCCGAGGGGCUCAAGGUUAUCUUCGAGGACAGGUUCCCGGGCGCGGCCGGGGCGUUCCCCAACGCCGAGGCCUGGACCAUGAUCGACGGCGGCCGGGUGACCAACAACGAGUACCAGACGUACAAGGCCGACAACAAGAACAUGCAGAUCUCGGGCGGCGGCACCCUCCAGAUCGUGCCCAACAAGGACGCGUCGGGCAAGUGGACAUCGGGCCGGCUCGAGACCAAGGGCUCGUGGGAGGCACCCGUGGGCGGCAUGUUGCAGAUCGAGGGCGCCAUCCGAUUCGGCUGGAACCCCAAGACGAGCAAGCGCGGCAUCUGGCCGGCCUUUUGGGCCAUGGGCGACUCGAUCCACCACGGCACCCCCUGGCCCCAGUGCGGCGAGCUCGACAUCAUGGAGCAGCUCAAUGGCGACCCCGUCGUCUACGCCACGGUCCACUGCGGCGUCGUGCCCGGCGGGCCCUGCAACGAGAUGACGGGCAUCCAGUCCACCACCCCCAUCUCCGACGACGGCUUCCACACCUGGGCCGUCCGCAUCGACCGCCGCAACCAGGACUGGAGGCAGCAGGUCAUCACAUGGACCAAGGACGGCCAGGUCUUCCUCACCGUCACCGGCGAAAGGAUCAACGACCAGGCCGUCUGGAGCACACUCGCUCACAGCCCCAUGUUCAUCCUCAUGAACGUUGCCGUCGGUGGUGACUGGCCCGGUAACCCGGAUGACCAGACCAUGGGAGGAUACGGCUCCAUGAUGGAGGUCGAGUACGUUGCAGUUUACUCCACGUAG